CAAUCAAGAUUCCCCUCCGCUCUCUCUGUCUCAACUGAGCUCUGUUCCAAACCCUAGAUCCUGAUUUCUGAAAAAUGGCUAAAAAUCGUGAACCUGAGAAACCUGUAGAAUCGGAAUCAGAAUCAGGUGAUGAUGAUGAAGUUUCAUCUGAAGAAGUCGGGUCUUCCGAUUCGGAUUCCGAACCUGAACAAACACUGGCGACAGCACCGGCCCCUAAGAAACCCCAGCCGCUGCCUGUGUCUAAGGCCCCGUAUCCUUCAUCUUCAUCCGAGGAAGAAGACGAAGAGUCCGGAUCCGAACCAGAGUCCUACACCGAAGUCGAGCCAAAUGUGAAGCCCCUAGUCUCCAAGCCAAUGGAAGAGCCACAAAAGCCCACUAUUAGCGCUGCAGCUAGGAAGCCUAGAUCCAAGCCUAACGCUCCCCAGAUCAGCACGCCGUCGAAGGCUACUGGUGUUGCUAAACGCCCCGCAGAGGUGAAAGAGGCCGAAGCUAUGGACAACAAGCGGUCAAAGAAGAAACUUCCACUCGAGGCUGAGAGUUCGGGUAAAACGCCGACUACUCCUAAUGAUGAUUCCAAAAAACAGUUGUUCCAGAGACUGUGGAGCGAGGAUGAUGAAAUUGUGGUUCUCAAAGGCAUGAUUGAUUAUGCCGCUAAGAAAAAAUCCGACCCACUUGCUGAUUUGAAUGAUUUUCAUGAUUUUAUUAAGAAGAACCUUCACGUGGAUGUGACCAGGACUCAGUUGCAAAAUAAGAUUAGGAGGCUGAAACAAAAGUACGAGAACAAUAAGAGUAAAGAGAAGAACGGUAAAGAGAGGACCUUCUCGAAGGUACAUGAGCAAAAAGCUUAUGAUUUGUCAAAAAUGAUAUGGGGCAGCGAGAACGACAAUGGUGUUGAGGGAGAGAAAGCAGUGGGGAGUCCAAAAGAGAAUGGGACUGCUGUGAGGAAGACUGCGAGUAAGGGGCUUAAUAAGGUUGAAAAUAGCAAUUCCAGAGAAGUGAAGAGUUUGGAGGUUGCGAAUGAUGAUGUGGAGAUGAUGGCAGGGAGUUUCAGUACCGGAAGUUUCAGUGCAAGGAGUCUCGGUGGUAUGAGCAUGAGGGAGACGAUUUUGAGUGCCGGGGCUGAAUUUUUUGAAGGAGAAAAUAAGGUCGAGGGGCAUAAAGAGUGGAUGAAGCUGCGAGUGGCGGAGGUUGAGCUUGAAGAUAAGAAGUAUGACCUGAUGAGGGCUCAGGCUAGGCUGGUUUUGAAUGUUUUGAGGUCCUCAGAUCACUGAGUAUGUGGGCAGGUGCAGGGGUAAGUUUUCGUUAAUAGUUUGCUGGCUGGACAACUUGCCUGAUCUUUGUUUCUACUUUAAGUGCAGUUAAUUAGAAUUUCUAGCAUAUCUUCCUAGGUUACAGUGUAUGCUAUUUAUGUUUUGUUGAAACUCUCCAGCUUGCUCUGUAUUACUAACAUCUUUGAAGAUGUUGAUCUUUAUGGAUAGCCUAUUUAUGCUAUAUAUUUUUGAUA